UCAAAUAAACGUUGGUGAGCAUUCCAGCGGCAGCCUGCUCGGAGACAGCACCGACGCACCGGAGCAAACUCAGGCAAAAUGGAAAAUUACCUAAAGAUAGAGAAAAUUGGAGAAGGCACCUAUGGGGUGGUGUACAAGGGCCGGCAGAAGGACACGGGGAAGGUGGUGGCCAUGAAGAAGAUCCGCCUGGAGAGCGAGGAGGAGGGCGUCCCCAGCACCGCCGUCAGAGAGGUGUCCCUGCUCCACGAGCUCCAGCAUCCCAACAUCGUCAGACUGCUGGAUGUCCUGAUGCAGGAGUCUCGACUCUACCUGGUCUUUGAGUUCCUGUCCAUGGACCUGAAGAAGUACCUGGACUCCAUCCCCUCGGGCCAGUACAUGGACCCGAUGCUGGUCAAGAGCUACAUUUACCAGAUCUUGGAGGGGAUUUACUUCUGUCACUGUCGCCGUGUCCUCCACCGGGACCUGAAACCCCAGAACCUCCUGAUCGACGACAAGGGAGUCAUCAAGCUGGCCGACUUCGGCCUGGCCCGGGCCUUCGGCGUUCCUGUCAGGGUUUACACCCACGAGGUGGUGACUCUGUGGUACCGGGCUCCUGAGGUCCUGCUGGGUUCCCCCAGAUACUCCACCCCCGUGGACGUCUGGAGCACCGGAACCAUCUUUGCUGAACUCGCUACAAAGAAACCGCUCUUCCACGGAGACUCUGAGAUCGACCAGCUCUUCAGGAUUUUCAGGACUCUGGGAACCCCCAACAACGACAUCUGGCCCGACGUGGAGAGCCUGCCCGACUACAAGAACAGUUUCCCCAAAUGGAAGUCUGGAAACCUGUCGUCCAUGGUGAAGAACCUGGACAAGAACGGCCUGGACCUGCUGGCAAAAAUGUUGAUCUACAAUCCUCCCAGGAGGAUCUCGGCCCGCGAGGCCAUGACUCACGUGUACUUUGAUGAUUUGGACAAAUCCACUCUGCCGUCUGCUGCCAUCAUCUAGACGUGGACCGUCAGGACACUUGAUCCUUCAUACUCGUCCUUUAUUAUGCUGUAAAUACUUGUGUGUUUUAUGUUUAUGUAUGUGUGUGUCUGCGUCUGCGUGAAAGAAACUGGGAGACAUUAAAGUAUCUGAUUUCCAAUUAACAA